AGUUCUGCGCUGAAUUUUAGUGGAUCUCUUUGUAGCUGGCCGCAGUUACACGCUCAAUGACGACAGUUACAUUUUUGCUGAUCUACGAAACAACCGGUCGCUGGUGUCCUAUGAGAGUCAUGUUCAUGGAUGGAUCAGAACCGACAGAUCUGAAACCUUCGUUUUAGCAUUGGUAGGCACGCAACGCGACCUGUUGCUCUUGCAGCUGAGUGACGGCAUUCCUGAGGUUCACUUUGAUCUAGGUUUCGACAGUCCGAGAACCGUUCGAGCACAUGUGCAGGUGAAUGACCAUCGUUGGCACUGCUUGGACAUAUACCAUUACGGGAAAGAGGUUUCAUUGUUCAUCGACGGUGUUUUGUACAACAGGUCCAGAUUGAUGUCCACUUUCCGUCGGUUCGACUUUGAUUCGUUUGAACCUAAGAUCCAACGAAACACUUCCGCCACGUUUGGUCAUCUAGAUUCAUCAAUGCUGAUCAGAAAUCCUUCUACAUUGACUACCAUCGCCCUCACCUUGGAGUUGAAGACAUAUAUUGUUGAUGGCACCGUCGUACAAUUCACUAACUCAAAGAAAGAUCGAAUUGAGGAAGUGAAAAUAGUCAUUUUGAAUACGUUUCUGCACGUUAUCCUUACCGGCAGGUAUCUGCCGACAUUAAAAAUGAAUUCUGAAGUUGCUGUGGCUGAUCUGUUUUGGCAUCGCUUGUAUUUCUCGAUCUCUGACAAUAACGCAGUUCUGAAAGUGGACGACCAUGAUCCUGUGGAACUGUCUGCGAAGUUCAAGUUCAGCAGUGAUGCAUAUUUCAGAUUUGGAGGAAUACCUCAUUCUUGCGAAGAAUUAAUGCGCGAUGGUCGCAAAGACUCGAUUUCGACUAUGAUAGACCUUGAUUUUGGAGGGCCUCUGAAAGCUGAAGAAGUGAUAUGCAAGCGCGAUGGCUCAACGGGAAAUGUGAUGACGAGUGUAAAUCACAUUUUCGCUGAGGAAGCGAUCGGCGAUUUUCACAGCCGGAUGCAAGUCACGUACUUCUAUCCCAACGACAAGUACUUCUUGUCUGAAUUGACCAGAAGAUUCGAAUCCUGCAGCCAGCGCGUGUCUGUUCUGCUGAGUACAGAAUCUUUGGCUACCACGGCAAAGAACGAUUCCAUAUUUUGGUGGCUAGGUCCCCAUGCUCUGAGACAUCCUGCCGGACUGACAGUUGUGCCUGGUUCUCUGAGCCAUUUUAAAAGCAUGAUCCGUGAAACCAACAGCUCUGCUCCAGUGAAGUCCGGUUUGCUGAUGUCUGAGCUUUACGCCAACCUCACUGAUCGAGUGCACUUACCUGUCAAGGAAAUCGACAUCCAAUACAACGACAGAUAUCUGAUGAGAUUACCCAUCACUCUCGGCCCUUUAUAUUGCUGGAAUAAUCAUAUCUACGAUGAGUUUACGUUUGUUGGAAAAGAAAAAUAUAUCGAGUUGUUGCUGCCAUUCACCGGUAUCAAAACAGAGGCUUUUCUUCAGUUCAGAACGUACGAAAAAUCAUUCGUUCUGUUGACCGGUCGAUUCGACGAUCUUUGCUUCGUCCAGCUACUCGUCAAAGGUAAGACACCUCAUGCUUUGCCUCCUUCACCUGCCAUCCUCCGAACAGAUGAGCGUUUCGCCACGUUGGAAACGUACUGCGAUGGCGCCGUGUCUGAGUUGGUCAAGUCAUCGGACGCACCUUUGAAUGACAUGGAGUGGCAUUCGGUGUACGUUGGAUUAUCGCGCUUCGACGCCGUCCUCGUGGUUGACAGUCGCUGGGAUUCGUAUGCUUACGAACCGACAACGGCGCUCUUCCCCGGAACAGAAGUCACCUGGCGGAUAGGAGCAGGCUACGAGAUUGGCACAGGCUUCACGGGGGUCAUGCGGUCUCUGUUCAUCAAUGGAGUUCAUAUCUCAUUCGAUCGGCAUGAAACAAGUGGCUCUAUCGAACGCGGUGUUGUUCGAUCCUGUUCCGAAGCGCGUUGUUCGAACGGUGGCCGCUGUGUUGAUCGUUUCGCAACCUUCGAAUGUGACUGUGACAAGACCGCAUUCGCAGGACCUUCCUGUGCUGACGACGUGUCCGUGAUGCUGUACAAUCAAACCAUGGGUCCGAUGACUGCUUACCUCGGUUCUGAGUUCAUUCGGAUCGCUUUUGCUACAGUGUGUUCGAAGCAGCUGGUGUUGCGAGGAUGGGCUUCGACUCACGACGCAGAGCUUGAGUUGCGCAUCGAGGAUAAAGGUCAUCUUCGACUGAUCCUCUAUCAAAAUGGCAAAAGCUUUUACAAAAUCGAUGACAAUCGACAGCAUUUUGCAGACGGGAAACUGCACGACGUCACCAUCACUAAAUUCAGUGAAACCUUGCACCUGAAGGUAGACAUUUUCCCUCUUUUAGAACUGCCCGUUCAGCGGUUCGAGAAACUGCCGCAAAUGACGAAUUGGUCCAUUGGAAACAGCGGUGAAUCUGUGUUUCCAUUGAAGCAAAGGAAGAUGAAUUUCGCCGAUGCCAUCGUUUUUCAAAGGAAAUGUUACUUGUCUGAUAAAUCGGGGAAAAUCUUUCAUAAUCAGACAAAAGAUAUGAAUUUGUGGAAGGAACCGGUGGCCUUUGAUUUCAUGGUGACACCAAUAAAGCAAGAAUCGAUGCUUUACCAAACGUUUCUGAUGGCAUCCGCUCUGGCGUUGGUGGUUUGUUUUCUCGCGCUGUGUUUGUACAACUGCCGCAAAAGGCCAUCAGGAGAGUACAAGACUCAUGAAGAAAAUACCCUUCUAAGCGAGACGCCGUCCAGUUCGAAAUUGGAGUCAUCUAGCGAAAACGAACGAUGCAUAACAGCGGCAGCAGUUAAAGAGUGGUUCAUUUGA